AAGCUGGAUGCUACUCUGCUCGCAAUGCCAGAGGAGGCCUCUGGGAUUCAGUCAUGCAGCACCUGAGACAGGAUGGAGCCGCCCCAGGAGGUCACCCCAGGGACCAACGUUUCCUUCUACCAGCCUUCCGUUCUCCUCAUGACCGGCAUCCCUGGCCUGGGCAAGACCCACCACAGACUGGUCUCCAUCCCCUUCUGCUUGUUUUACCUGACUGCCUUCGCAGGGAACUGCACCAUCCUCUUCAUCAUCAAGAGGACGCCGAGUCUCCACGAGCCGAUGCACUACUUCCUCUCCAUGCUGGCUGUUGUGGAUCUGGGCAUGGCGAUGUGCACUCUCCCUACCACGCUGGGCAUCUUCUGGUUUGACAUCAGGGCCAUCGGAUUCGACGCCUGCCUCGCCCAGAUGUACUUCAUCCACAUCUUCUCUGUGCUGGAGUCCUCUGUGCUGCUGUCCAUGGCCUUUGACCGCUUCGUCGCCAUUUCGCUGCCUCUGCGGUACAGAGCCAUCCUGACCAAGGCCACCAUCGCCAAGAUAGGCCUGGCCAUGUUGGUGAGAGCUGUGGUCUCCCUCCUGCCCAUCCCUUUUCUACUCAAGAGACUUUCGUACUGCGAUAACAACACCCUCUAUCACUCGUUCUGCUUCCAUCCAGACGUGAUGAAACUGGCAUGUGAGGAUGACAUUAGCGUCAACGUUUCGUACGGUUUGGCUGUCAUUCUCUUGACCGCUGGCAUAGAUUCCAUCUUCAUUGUGCUCUCUUACUUCCUGAUUAUCAGAACCAUCGUCCACCUGGGUGCCCAAGGAAAGUGUUGGAAGACCCUGAAUACUUGUGCCUCUCACAUCUGCGCUGUGUUCAUUUUCUUCAUUCCGAUGAUUGGCCUAUCCAUUAUUCACAGAUUUGGCAAGAAUUUCCCCCCGAUUGUAAGCACCGUGGUUGCCUACGUCUACCUCAUCGUUCCCCCUGCUUUGAACCCUAUCAUAUACAGCAUCAAAUCCAAGCCAAUCCGGAAAGCUAUUUGGAGGAUGUUGCUUUGGAAGAUGGAUACUGUCUGAAACAGGGAUACUAUAUCUCUCCAGGGAGCCUGAAUCAAACCAGUAAGGGUUUCCGUCCAGCACGACUUUGGUUUCGUUGCAUGAUAAAACUGUUAUGGAUUAGGGCGAUGCUUGUUCACUGACUGGGAUGGUGUCCUGUAUUGGCGUUCUGCUUUGCUGGAUGGAACAGGGGUUAGUCUAAAUUUUGGCACUUUGCUACCUUCAGGUUGAUUCAGUGGAAGACUGAUGUUUCUGUGGUGGGCUGCUGAGGCCAAAUCAUAUCCAGAGAGGAAGGAACGGGGAAUCUCGGAGUGAAGAGCAGAGCUCAUCCCCUUCUUGUCCGCCCAAAGACAAUGAGGUUGUCUGUGGCAGCCGAAUAAUCCAGCUGCCAGGGGCAAGAGGUCUGAGACUUUCUUCAGAAGCAAACCAAGCCAGAAGCACCUGCAUCUAGGCCUGCAUCCACCCAAGACGUACCUCAGCCUGCCAAGCCCCUGGGCUCUGGGUUGGCGGGAGCAAUCCUCUCCUUGUAUACUCUUCUGAGGCUGGCUAAGAGCUGUGCCCUGGGAGGGCAUCUCAGGAUAGGCGAGCCCCGGACGAAGGGGGCUGCACUGUGGUUUUCUUUCCCCAGCUAUGGCAGUAAUUGCAGCCAGAUACUCCUGAUGGCUUGACUUGCACCAGUCAAGGGAGCCAGUUUGGUGUAGUAGUUAAGAGCGCGGGACUCUUAUCUGGAGAGCCAGGUUUGAUUCCCCACUCCUCCACUUGAAGCCAGCUGGGUGACCUUGUGUCAGUCACAGCUCUCUCAGAGCUCUCUCAGCCCCACCCACCCCACAGGGUGUCUGUU